GAACCAUCGUCUUCUUCUCCUCUCCACGUUCUCCCUGGUUUGCUCGAGAGAUCAUCCGAAAACCAGCCAUGUUGCUCGAGCUCCCCCGCCUCACCAGUUCUCUACGCGAUCCGUUCGACGUCGAUCAAGCCUAUUUACGCCGGAAAACCAUCCUCCAACACCUCAAGCCUCGCAGUUCUUCCAGUUCUCUCGAAGAAUCAGAGCUCGCUCGGAAUAUUGUGUAUAAGUGGGACGAAGCUUCCCCGGAAUUGAGACAAGCGUACAAGCAGUUUAUUGGAGCUGUGCGCGAGUUGGUGGGUGCUGACGUAGUGCCAGAUGAGUUUAGGGAGGUGGCAUUGAGUGUUUAUAGGCAUUUUAGUAGGCCUAUGGAUGAAGGUGAAGAAGACCGUCUGAUAUCAGAGAAGAAGUUAGAUCUGCAAAAGCUUGUUGGCUAUGCUAUUUCCAAUGCAGUUUUACACAAAGCUGCAGUUUUGGCACAAAGGGUUUCUGAGUUGCAGGAUAAAAAUAGUCAAACUAUGCCUAUGGUAGAAAUACAAGAUGUGAGUGGUGAUAUUUUGGAAUUUGGAGCAGACCUUCUGUUCCAGCCACCCACUCGAUUUUUAGUUGAUACUUCUUUGGAAGAUACAGACUUGGAUAUUGGUCAUUACAAUGAGGCUAUAAAUUACCAAGAUGCGCAUGGUCAUGGUCGCUCCUUUGACAGCGGACAUUUAAAAGGACCCAAAUUUGAUUUAGAAUGGUUAAGAGAUGCUUGUGAUAGGAUAGUCAAUGAAAGUACAUCACAACUUCCAAGAGAUGAGUUAGCAAUGGCAAUAUGCCGUGUGCUUGAUUCAAACAAACCUGGUGACGAGGUAGCCGGUGAUUUGCUAGAUCUUGUUGGUGACAAUGCAUUUGAAACCGUUCAGGAUCUUGUCACGCAUAGGAAGGAUCUUGUUGCUGCCAUCCAUCAUGGAGUGUCUGUAUUGAAAGCUGACAAGACAGCUACCAACUCUCAGCCGCGCCAGCCUAGCUAUGGCACCCAGGUGACUGUUCAUACUGAAUCUGAGAAGUUACUUGAUAAACUUCGUCGCAAGGAAGAAAAAAAGCAUAGACGCAUGGUGGAUAGUGGAGUUGAAGACGAGUUCUCUCUGAUGAGCUUUAGUUCUUUAAUUCAAGCAAGUGAGAAGAAAAACAUAUUUGAGGAUCUCAUUGGGCAUGGUGAAGAAGCUACUACAGCCCUCCCUCAAGGAACCAUUAGGAAACAUUAUAGGGGAUAUGAAGAAGUCAGUAUACCUCCAACGUUGACUGCACCUAUGAAACCAGGGGAAAGAUUGAUUGAAAUAAAAGAGCUUGAUGAUUUGGCUCAAGCUGCAUUUCAAGGCUACAAGUCUUUGAACCGCAUUCAGAGCAGAAUAUAUCCAACUACUUAUAAUACCAAUGAAAACAUACUUGUCUGUGCUCCAACUGGGGCUGGGAAAACAAACAUCGCUAUGAUAUCUAUUCUGCAUGAGAUUAAACAUCACUUUAGAGAAGGCUACUUGCAUAAGAAUGAAUUCAAGAUUGUUUAUGUAGCUCCUAUGAAGGCAUUAGCAGCAGAGGUCACCAUGACUUUCAGCAAACGGUUGUCACCGCUGAAUGUUAUCGUGAGAGAACUUACUGGAGACAUGCAGCUUUCUAGAACAGAACUUGAAGAAACACAGAUGAUAGUGACAACACCUGAAAAGUGGGAUGUCAUUACUCGUAAAAGUAGUGACAUGGCACUUUCAGUGUUGGUGAAGCUACUGAUAAUUGAUGAAGUUCAUCUUUUGAAUGACGAUAGAGGCCCUGUUAUAGAAGCAUUAGUAGCUCGGACUCUUCGUCAGGUGGAGGCUACACAAUCCAUGAUACGAAUUGUGGGCCUUUCAGCUACUCUACCCAACUAUUUGGAGGUUGCAGAGUUUCUGAGGGUGAAUCCAGAAACUGGUCUUUUCUAUUUUGAUUCAAGCUACAGGCCAGUCCCUCUUGCCCAACAGUAUAUUGGAAUUAGUGAGCAUAAUUUUGUGGCCCGCAAUGAGCUUCUGAAUGAGAUAUGCUACAAGAAGGUUGUUGAUUCCUUGAGGAUAGGGCACCAGGCUAUGGUUUUUGUUCAUUCACGUAAAGAUACUGGCAAAACAGCCGAUAAACUUGUCGAACUUUCUCAGAGGAAUGAAGAUUCAGAUCUUUUUGGAAAUGCAAAACACCCUCAGUUUGAGCUCAAAAAGAAGGAAGUUAUCAAGUCUAGAAAUAAGGAGGUUGUCAAGCUUUUUGAGCAUGGGAUUGGUAUUCACCAUGCUGGUAUGCUGCGUCAGGACAGAACUCUAACUGAGCGGCUCUUUUCGGAGGGACUUUUGAAGGUCCUUGUUUGCACUGCAACCUUGGCAUGGGGUGUGAAUCUGCCUGCCCAUACUGUUGUGAUCAAGGGAACACAAAUUUAUGAUCCAAAAGCUGGUGGAUGGCGUGAUUUGGGCAUGCUUGAUGUUAUGCAGAUAUUUGGACGCGCUGGAAGACCUCAGUUUGAUAAGAGUGGUGAAGGCAUUAUAAUUACCACUCAUGACAAGUUGGCCUACUAUUUACGUCUACUUACUAGUCAACUUCCUAUUGAAAGUCAGUUUAUAAAUUCUUUGAAAGACAAUCUGAAUGCUGAGGUGGUACUAGGCACUGUGACAAAUAUCAAGGAGGCUUGUGCUUGGCUUGGGUAUACGUAUCUUUUUAUCAGGAUGAAAAAGAACCCAUUGGCGUAUGGUAUUGGAUGGGAAGAGAUCAUAGCUGAUCCAUCAUUGAGUAUGAAGCAAAGAGAUCUCAUAACCAAUGCGGCUCGUGCUCUUGACAAAGCAAAAAUGAUGCGUUUUGAUGAGAAAAGUGGGAAUUUUUAUUGCACAGAGCUUGGGCGCAUAGCUAGCCAUUUCUACAUUCAAUAUUCUAGUGUUGAGACGUACAAUGAAAUGUUAAAAUGCCACAUGAAUGAAAGUGAGUUGAUCAAUUUGGUUGCCCAUUCUUCUGAAUUUGAAAAUAUUAUGGUCCGGGAUGAAGAACAAAAUGAGCUUGAAAUGCUGGCUCGAACAUAUUGCCCCUUAGAAAUCAAGGGUGGUCCAUCAAAUAAGCAUGGGAAAGUUUCUGUUCUUAUUCAGUUGUACAUAUCUCGGGGUUCUAUUGAUACGUUUUCACUAGUUUCUGAUGCAGCAUAUAUAAGUGCAAGCUUGGGUCGUAUUAUGCGGGCUUUAUUUGAAAUUUGUCUACGUAGGGGGUGGUGUGAGAUGACUUCUAUGACAUUAGAAUAUUGCAAGGCUGUUGAUCGUCAAAUUUGGCCCCAUCAGCAUCCACUCAGGCAGUUUGAUAGGGAUAUUUCUGCCGAAAUAGUGAGGAAGCUUGAAGAAAGAGGAGCUGACUUAGAUCACCUACAAGAUAUGGAGGAGAAAGAUAUUGGAGCUCUAAUUCGCUAUGCUCCAGGAGGAAAGGUGGUUAAGCAAUAUCUUGGAUAUUUCCCAUCAAUUCAGUUGUCAGCUACAGUUAGUCCAAUAACCAGAACAGUUCUCAAGGUGGACUUGAUAUUAGUACCUGAGUUUGUUUGGAAGGAUCGAUUUCACGGUGCUGCACAGCGCUGGUGGAUUUUGGUUGAGGACUCUGAAAAUGACCACAUAUACCAUUCUGAACUCUUUACUUUGACAAAGAGGAUGGCCCGAGGAGAACCACAGAAGAUAUCCUUUACUGUCCCAAUCUUUGAGCCACAUCCUCCUCAGUACUACAUUCGUGCUGUAUCUGAUUCUUGGCUGCAGGCAGAGGCUUUUUAUACUAUAACUUUCCAUAAUCUUGCGCUCCCAUCGGAAUAUACAACUCACACUGAACUUCUAGACUUGAAACCUCUUCCUGUGACUGCACUUGGUAAUGGAAUGUUUGAAGCCUUGUACAAGUUUUCACACUUCAAUCCUAUUCAGACACAGGCUUUUCAUAUGCUCUAUCAUACCAAUAAGAAUGUUCUCCUAGGAGCGCCAACUGGAAGUGGCAAAACUAUAUCUGCUGAGCUUGCUAUGCUUCAUUUAUUUAGUACCCAGCCCGAUAUGAAGGUUAUAUACAUAGCACCUUUGAAGGCUAUUGUCCGAGAAAGAAUGAAUGAUUGGAGGAAGCAUCUUGUCUCUCAGCUCGGAAAACAAAUUGUUGAAAUGACUGGUGAUUAUACUCCGGAUUUGAUGGCUCUCUUGUCUGCUGAUAUUAUUAUUACCACCCCAGAAAAGUGGGAUGGAAUAAGCCGCAACUGGCACACUCGUACAUAUGCUGCAAAGGUUGGGCUUAUGAUCUUGGAUGAGAUCCAUUUACUUGGAGCUGAUCGCGGGCCAAUAUUAGAGGUUAUUGUUUCAAGGAUGAGAUACAUUUCAUCUCAAACUGAUCGUCCAGUGCGCUUUGUUGGCCUGUCAACAGCAUUAGCAAAUGCAAAAGAUUUGGCUGAUUGGCUGGGUGUGGAUGAAAUUGGACUUUUCAAUUUCAAGCCUAGUGUCAGGCCUGUACCUCUUGAAGUUCAUAUCCAGGGAUAUCCCGGAAAGUUUUACUGCCCAAGGAUGAAUAGCAUGAAUAAACCCACAUAUGCUGCUAUAUGUACACACUCUCCCACAAAACCUGUUUUAAUAUUUGUUUCAUCUCGUCGCCAGACAAGGCUAACUGCUCUCGACCUUAUUCAGUUUGCAGCUUCAGAUGAGUACCCAAGACAGUUCUUGAACAUGGCUGAAGAUGCACUUCAGAUGGUUCUUUCUCAGGUCGUGGAUCAGAACUUGAAGCAUACUCUACAGUUUGGUAUUGGGCUACAUCAUGCUGGACUCAAUGAUAAGGACAGAUCUUUAGUUGAAGAACUUUUUGCAAACAACAAGAUCCAGGUUUUGGUCUGUACAAGUACACUUGCAUGGGGCGUAAACCUUCCUGCUCAUUUGGUCAUUAUAAAGGGUACAGAAUAUUAUGAUGCAAAAACAAAAAGAUAUGUCGAUUUUCCUAUCACCGAUAUUCUGCAAAUGAUGGGUAGAGCUGGUCGUCCACAAUAUGAUCAACACGGGAAAGCUGUUAUCCUUGUUCAUGAACCCAAAAAAAGUUUCUAUAAGAAGUUCCUGUAUGAACCAUUUCCUGUUGAAAGUAGCCUGAAGGAGCAGUUGCAUGACCACAUCAAUGCUGAGAUAGUUUCUGGAACUAUCGCUCACAAAGAAGAUGCUGUGCAUUAUCUCACAUGGACAUAUUAUUUCCGUAGACUGAUGGUGAACCCUGCUUAUUAUGGUUUAGAGGAUGCAGAACCUGGAACUAUUAAUUCUUACUUAUCAUGCUUAGUACAAAACACAUUUGAAGAUUUGGAAGACAGUGGGUGCAUCAAGAUUAGUGAUGAUUGUGUGGAGCCCCUAAUGUUAGGGUCAAUUGCUUCUCAAUAUUAUCUUAAGUAUACUACUGUUUCAAUGUUUGGUUCAAAUAUCGGACCGAACACAUCACUUGAGGCAUUCCUUCAUAUAUUAUCUGGUGCUUCUGAAUAUGAUGAUCUUCCUGUGCGCCACAAUGAGGACAAAUAUAAUGAAAGUUUGAUUGAUAAAGUUCCAUAUAUGGUGGAUAAUAAUUGCCUAGAUAAUCCUCAUGUGAAAGCAAAUCUUUUAUUCCAGGCGCACUUUUCCCAAUCUGAGCUGCCAAUUGUUGAUUACGUGACAGACACGAAGUCAGUGCUGGAUCAGAGUAUACGUAUUCUCCAAGCAAUGAUAGAUAUUUGUGCCAAUAGUGGGUGGCUCUCAAGCACCCUUACGUGUAUGCAUAUUUUGCAAAUGGUCAUGCAGGGUUUGUGGUUCGAUAGGGAUUCUCCUCUUUGGAUGUUGCCAAGCAUGACUAAUGAGUUAUGUAACUCAUUGGCUAAGCACGGUGUUAUCAACAUCCAGCAACUAUUCGAUCUUUCUCCUGCAACACUGCAAUCUGUUGCAGGAAAUUCUGUUUUUUCAAAACUGCAUCAGGAUCUACAGCAUUUCCCACGUAUUCAAGUUCGACUAAGAAUCCAGAGAAGGGAGAAUCUCACUCUAAACAUCAGAAUGGAAAAUAUUAACAGGGGCCGUAGAACAUCUAAAGCUUUUACUCCUCGGUAUCCAAAGAUAAAAGAUGAAGCAUGGUGGUUAGUCCUAUGUAACCCUUCCACGUCAGAGUUACAUGCUUUGAAGAGAGUUUCCUUCUCUGACCAUUUAGUGACACACAUGAACUUGCCUUCAGCUCUAAAUAGCAGCCUCCAGGGCAUGAAGCUCCUCGUGGUUUCAGAUUGUUAUCUAGGGUUUGAACAAGAACAUUCCAUCAAUGAAUUUCCCUAAUUUCCAGAAUGAGUAACCAGUUAUGGCGGCUGUCAGGAGUGCCCCAGUGCCAAAGAUAGAUACUUUUGACUGAAGAAACAAAAGGGUGUCUCAGGGACAACACCAAGCAAAAAUAGAGAUGGGACAACCUUAAUAUCACUACUUCUAGUUAGUAGGGAAGAGAAGAAAAUUUACUGAGUUAGGGAACAAAAAGUCAUUAUUCUGAUAAUCAUAUUCAAGUGUUAAAUGGUUUAUCAAUGGUCUGUGUUGUGAACAAAAAAUCAUAUUCAAGCUGUAAAUUUUUAAUCAAUAUAUCUUGUUUUCACUAUGUUCAGGCAACUAUGUAAUAAGUUAAAAUAAUGGUUGGGAUUCUAA